AUGACCCGAUCCAAGUACUUGAUCACCGCGGUCCUCCUGCAGGUCAUUACUGGCAGCCAGGCUGCUCCUCAGGCUACUCCUGUUGCUGGCGCUGCCGCGCCUCCGGCCACCUUCACAGCCAACCCAGAUGUCGGGCCCGGCGGCAGCACUUUCAAGGACUCAGCUCACUUCCGCAUCUAUGGAAACGCCAACGCCGCAGAUGAAGCCCUUGCCAUGCUCGAAGGGGCCUUCAGUUGCUUUGUUGAGACUCUCAACUUCAGAUCCACCGGCCUAUCGUAUAACCCUGGAUCCGACGACGGCCCCUACUACAAGACCAACAUUUACUCCGUGCCCGCGCUGAGCGGAGGCGCUGCCGGUGUCAUGCAUUCAGAUCCUGAGCGUGGUCUGGGCUAUGUCGAGGUCUUGCACGAUUUCCUGACCAUUCCUGGCGUCACGAUCCACGAAUACGGCCACGCCCUGCACUAUCACCAGCGCACUUGGGUGCACCAGACCCGCACCGGCGCCUGGUGGGAGACCUUUGCCAACUGGUUCGCCGACACGUACAAGACGUCCGAACUCUGCGCCGAUGCUCGCACCCAGAACGGCCAGUCCGCAUCGCAGACCGAGAUUAACCUCCAGAAGACCAUCGGCGAUUCCUUCCAAGUUCUCGUCGACGGCACCGCCGGCUCGGGCAAUUACUACGAGGCCUGGCCCUUCUUCACCUACCUCACGAACAACCCGGACGGGUUUGCCGGCCUCGGCUCCGACACGCUGCGCCAGCUCAUGCUGCAGUACGAAGAGAACAGCGACGAGACGCCCCUCCACACCCUCGCCCGCGUGUCCGCGAACACCUCGGUGAGCGCCAUCGUCGGCCGCUACUGGGCCCGCAUGGCCUACGUCGACAUCGGCCACCCAUCCGCCCAGGAGCUCUUCCUUGCCCAGCGCCGCAGCCUGAACUACGCCAACGUCGACGCGAGCGGCACCAACCGGUACACCGUCAAGGCCGCGCGCGCCCCCAAGUACAUGGGUGCCAACAUCAUCCCCCUAACCACGUCCGGCGCCGGCACCGUCUCCGUAGACAUCUCCGCCACCGGCGCUUACACUGCCACGCUCGUCGUCUACAGCGGCUCCGCUGGCACGCGCUACGUCGUCGUCGACGGUGCCGGCUCUGUUGCCGUGGAGGCCGGCGAGGAAGUCAGCCUCGUGAUCGCGAACACGCCCGAGGCCUUGGUUCUGUUCGACCCUUUUAACCUGAGCAGCGAGGUGUCGCAGGGCUUGAGCUACUCCUUCACCGUCACUGGUGCUACAGCGUAG